AUGAUUACCUGGUUCAGGAAAGAUUCAGCAGAACUCUAUCAGAACUCUAGCAGAACUGCGUUUUCCUGUCAGCUCUGUGCUUCUGCUCACACUUUCCUUUGGUGUUGGACACUCUCGCACAUGUACGCCAUGAGUUUUAUUCCUCUUCAUGAAUUUUUCAAAACAGAUCCAAAUCUGUGAAGUUCUGAGGACAGCAUCAUGACCUUUGACCUUUAGUUUCCUCCAGGUGAGUUUCAGGGGUUCCUAUUUUUUCUAUCUCACUUAUGGAAUUCAUGUUGUUUCUAUCACAGUUUGAUGCUCAUUUUCUCGCCUGUCAUUUAUUACCGAUGCUUCUGACUCGUGGCUGAGGAUCAUGAUCACUUCCUGCUGUUCAUCCUGUUUCAGCCUCUGGCUUUCAGCCUCAGGCUGUCACACAUUUAGCUAACAGCAGAUGUGAGGAACGUCCUUAUCUCUGAAUCAAACCUCCUGGAGGUACGAGUCUGAGUCUUCCAGCGUGACACUGGUCGGGCUUGUUGGACAGGUUGAAGAUCAACCGUCAGCUGGCGGUCACAAACUGGUAACUUCACUUCCCUUUCAGACUCAAAGGACUGAACAUUUGGGGCGGGAUCGGCUGCAGGUUCGACGGAGGUUUGUCACUUUUUCACUUCUUGUGCAGACAGAGAUCUUCUAAAACUUCCAACAUCUCAUUCAGGUUUUAGAGGAAAAUGAUGGAAAACAGUGACUGGAUGUCAAAACUACCACCUCACCUCCACACCGUUCCUCUUUUCAAUCUGGCUAUACCAGGAAGCCACGACUCCAUGAGCUUCGACCUGGAUGUGAACUCGUCCAUUGUGGAGCCGGAUCAACUGAGGAGGUUCAGCCGGUUCUGCUGUGUGAGGAAGCUGAUGUUUAGAUGGGGAACCACUCAGGUAAGUGAUCCUGAACCUGCAGAGACCGAGACGACCAGAGAGACCGCUGGUGCUCCCCCUGCAGGAGGUGAACAUCAAGGAGCAGCUGGACGCAGGAGUCCGCUACCUGGACCUAAGGAUCGCCCGCAAGCCCAAAGACCCGGAUCCCAACAGGCUCUACUUCUACCACGGGCUGUACACACGGAGCGACGUGGAGGUUUUGACAAGCUAGCAGCUACCCUGCAUAACUACCUCAUCCACUUCAUAAAGACGCUGUUUGGACCCAAGCUGCUCCUGAAGACGGAUAAACCCAUCCUGAAGACGUGCUGGGACCAAGGCAGGAAUGUCAUUGUGUCCUACGACCAUCCGGCGUAUCAACAGAGCGCUCUAUGGAACAAGAUCCAGUAUUACUAUGGAGACAGUAUGGAGCGCCGAGUAAUCGUCUCCAGACUGAGUCAAGUUCUGGAGAAGGAAAAGCCGUCCAACUGUUUUUUCGUUUGCGGCUUGAACAUGACCCUUCCCAGUGACCGCAGGAUUCUGAAGUACAUCCUCCGGAUCUGUGACAGCUUCCCCAGCGUGGUCCGCCGGAGUCUGCCCAAACUGCUCCAGUGGGUGCAGCAGCAGAACCGGAACACCCCCUUCAACAUCGUGGCCUCAGACGUGGUGACCCGGAGCGGCUUUGUACCGACGGUCGUCCGGCUCAACGGGAAACCUUUGAAAGGAUGACGGGAACGCCGAGGCUCCGGAACGUCUACGGGGGUGACGGGAACGCCAAGAUCCCUGAAGGAUCUCGCUUGAUCCACAUGCAUGUACUGUCAUUUACAUGCUCAUGAUCGACGCACAAACACACAAUCAACACACAUACACAAUCAGACUCAUGCAUGAACGCACACACACACUAUCAUUUAUAUAUAUAUAUUUUUAUAAAUAUUUAUGUCUGAAAAGUCUCUUUUGUAUUUUGUUAA